AGACGCUCUCCUGUUGCACGGGGAGGCUGGCCCGGUGUUUUUCCACUAAUGCUCACCCAUUUUAAGAGACAAAGGUCAGAAAGAAAACCUUAUAAAUACAAUUUACCACCGUAAUUCUCACUAUUCAACUCCCGUCCGCCGCACUACACUGAGAAAACAGAUACGUUCUAAAGGAAAUUAACCGAAUUCAAGUCAAUACAGCAUGGCACAGAAAGAGAAGCUCCAGUGUCUGAAGGACUUCCAUAAGGACACGCUGAAACCUUCCCCGGGGAAGAGUCCUGGCACCCGGCCCGAGGACGAGGCAGAGGGGAAGCCCGUCCAGAGGGAGAAGUGGAACUCCAAACUGGACUUUAUCCUGUCUGUCGCUGGCGGCUUCGUGGGUUUAGGGAACGUCUGGCGUUUCCCAUACCUCUGCUAUAAGAAUGGCGGAGGUGCAUUUCUCAUCCCGUACACUAUCUUCCUCUUUGGCGGCGGUCUCCCUGUGUUCUUCCUGGAGGUGGCCCUGGGACAAUAUACCUCCGAGGGUGGAAUCACCUGCUGGGAAAAACUUUGCCCCAUCUUUACUGGUAUCGGCUACGCUUCUAUUGUGAUCGUGUCCCUGCUGAACAUCUACUACAUAGUGAUCCUGGCCUGGGGUUUGUACUACCUGUUCCAGUGCUUCCAGCCGGAGCUGCCCUGGGCCAAGUGUAAGAACUCCUGGAACACAGACCGCUGUGUGGAGGACACCAUCCGUAAGAACAAGACCCUGAUGCUGGCCGCUAACAUCACCAACUUCACCUCGCCUGUCACUGAGUUCUGGGAGUGA